AUGCUCAGCCGAUCAAAGUUUCUUCGUUUGGUUCCACAUCGUUUGGCCAGGUGUCAUCGCUGGCAGCUGCUCAGGGAUGCCCGGGAUUGGGUGGUUGCCAUCAGCGCACUGGGCCGUGUAGGCUUGUGGGAACACGCUGGUCGGAUGCUGGAGGCCAUGAAAGCCGAACAGGGUGUCGCAGUACAAGCCUUCAAUGCGACAAUGUCGUCGUUGGGGAGAGCUUACAGAUGGCCAGCUGCGGUAGAAUUGUUCCAUGGUAUUCAUCGAUAUGUUCUACGACCAGAUGCUGUCACUUGCAAUACUUUACUGUCUGCCUAUGAUCGCGGGGGGCAUUGGCAACGUGCCCAGGCUUUUCUCGACGAGAUGGCCAACUAUGGAAUUCAACCGAACGUGGUUAGCUACAGCACAGUUAUGUCCAGCUGCGAACGUGGGCGGGCCUGGGAGCAAGCGUUGCAGGUAUUUUCUCGGAUGCUGCACUGCAACAUUGACGGGGACGGCGUUGUCUUCAAUGCAGCGCUUGCCGCUUGUGAUCGAGGAUCCCGCUGGCUUGAGGCAGCCGGUGCUUUGAUUGAUUUAGCACUUCGCUAA